CAAAAACCAUGAGUCUUAUUGCCUACUUAUAGAUUAACGUUUUAUCCCUUAUUCACGAUAUUAAAAAAAUUCCCAAACCAAAUACACACGCCUUUGCUCCUUUCUCUCCGGUGGAAGUCACCGACUCUGACCUACCACACCCUUCCUCUCCUGUUUCUACUCCAUCAACCUGCACACAAAGGAAAAAAACCUAACCCUUUUUUUUUUUUUAAUUCCUAAUAAAUUCUAAAUCUUAAAAAGGAAAAAAAAAGAAAUUGACUUUCGAAUUAAUCGCAGCUUUAAUUAUUGAUUUUGGAAUUCAGUUUAGGCGUUGUAUAAUAGGAGUUGAGAAAUUAAGCGAUGUCGGAGAAGUUCUCGCCGACACUCAGAAUCGGAGAUCUCAGCGAUUUCAUUGCACCGUCUCAAGCCUGCGUCGUUUCUCUUAAAGGACUCAAAGCAAACCCUAACAAACCCGAACCUCGGGUAAAGGUUUUAACUGCGAAGAGUCAGCAGACUGAACCAGUGAAAAUUUCACUCAAGGACUGCUUGGCAUGCAGCGGGUGCAUAACCUCAGCGGAGACUGUAAUGCUUGAGAAGCAAAGCUUAGAUGAAUUCCUUUUCAAUAUUAAUAAGGGGAAGGCUGUAAUCGUAUCCCUCUCUCCACAGUCAAGGGCCUCCCUUGCGGCCCACUUUGGCAUCCCUCCACUACAGGUUUUCAAGAAACUCACAACUUUUUUAAAGUCCUUGGGAGUAAAGGCUGUUUUUGAUACAAGUUGUAGCAGAGACUUAACACUUAUUGAAACAUGCAAUGAGUUCAUUGCUAGAUAUAAACAAAGCCAGGCAACUGAUGACGAGAAAAGUAAAUCUUUGCUUCCAAUGCUCUCUUCAUCAUGUCCAGGUUGGAUAUGCUAUGCUGAAAAGCAACUUGGAUCCUUUAUUUUGCCGUACAUAUCCUCAGUUAAGAGUCCUCAGCAAUCAAUGGGAGCUGCAAUUAAGCAUCACAUGUGUCUAACAAUGGGCUUCAGGCCGGACGACAUUUACCAUGUAACUGUGAUGCCAUGUUAUGAUAAAAAGCUUGAGGCUGCCAGGGAGGAUUUUGUUUUCCAAGCUGAAUCUAAUGAUGGUAGCCAUGCAAAUGAAGGUGUUUUUAUCACAGAGGUUGACUCAGUCUUGACAUCUGGAGAAAUUUUAGACUUGAUACAGUUGAAAGAAGUCGAUUUAAAAGCCUUGGAAGAGUCACCUCUAGAUAGCAUGUUGACAAAUGUUGAUGAACAAGGACAUCUUUAUGGGGUGUCUGGAGGCUCUGGAGGUUAUGCAGAAACUGUUUUCCGGUAUGCUGCAAAAGUUCUCUUUGGCAGAGAAAUUGAUGGCCCACUGGACUUCAGAGUUAUAAGAAAUUCUGAUUUCCGAGAAUUGAGUUUAGAAGUGGAGGGAAGAACCAUGCUGAAAUUCGCCCUAUGUUAUGGCUUCCAAAACCUGCAAAACAUCGUCAGGAAAGUUAAAACACAGAAAUGUGAUUAUCAAUAUGUGGAGGUCAUGGCAUGCCCUUCAGGUUGCUUGAAUGGUGGAGGUCAAAUCAAGCCAAAGCCAGGACAAUCUCCCAAGGAGUUAAUCAAAUCAUUAGAAGCCAUUUACAUGGAAAAUGUUUUGGAAGCUGAUCCUUUUAAGAACCCUCUGGUGAAACGCUUGUAUGAUGAGUGGCUUGCGCAUCCGGGUUCAGAAAAAGCUAAAAGAUACAUGCACACGGGAUACCACCCUGUUGUAAAAAGUAUCACUGCGCAGUUGCACAAUUGGUAAAGACUUUCUAACACCUGGUCCUGUAUAACAUGGGAACUUCCCUUUAUUGUCUCUCAAUGAGUGGAGUGCUUGUUGUCAGCCAUGGCACAUCUCUACUCGCCUUUCACUCCUCUCGUAAGACGUAAUUGCAUUUGCAAGGUGAUCAAUUUUGAUAGAGUAAAGAAAGUUUAUUUUGAA